ACCUUGUCAGCACCUCACUUUGCACCAAGACGUAGCAGUACGCUGCCUCUUUCCUACCAUUACAGGGCCUUAGCAAAUCGUGGGUAUUUCGGUAAAUAUGGGUUGCUAGUUCUCGAGCUCCUCCACAAGUGGAAGAAAGAGCCUGGAAAUAGCCUCUUCGCAGCAUCCAACUGGUGUACAGCCCGUAACCUUUGGACAAGCCUUGUGGCCGUGAGAGAUUAUCUUAUCCCUUUGUUUUUCCGAUCUGUCUUUCGCAACGGUGCCUUCAUGGUAAAAUCAAAUUGGUCGAUUUCAAUAUGCCUUAUAAAAUAUCAUUCCCACAGUUUUUUCGCUGAAGUUCAAGAGCUGAAACGAAGGCAUGAGGAGCCAACACUCAUCCAGUGAUGAAGAUGAACACCAACUGUCAAGUCUGGGUUACUGUUGGUGGAGAUCAGCAGCAAAGUUUGAUGAAUGUGUUAGGUUUAAGUCUGACAUCCCAAACAUGGCAAGCCUUACUCCAAGGGUCAGAGUUCUUAGAGAGUUGGAGAGACUGGCUUUGAUUGCUCAUGAAGGGCUCAAUGAGGUCAGAUACAAGCUACAAAUGUAUCGUUCAGGUGAUUUCUGGGUGCCCACAGGAGGUAUCAAGAAGGAAGAAAUGGACAUUCCACCAGUAAUCACUAUUCUCCUGGUGGGUUUCUCUGGCUCUGGCAAGAGCUCACUUGUCAACCUUAUGUACAGUGUUCUUGGUCGGUCUGGACUCAUACCUUUUGCUCUAACUUCUUCUGGCAGCGCUUCCAAAUACACCACCAUGUACAUGGAAGAGCACAAUGUAAUGAGAUCGUUGCAAGGUGGGUUUUGUGUGUACGAUUCUAGAGGGUUUAGUUAUGGUAAAAUUGGGGAUGCUCUUGAGGAAUUGUCAAGUUGGAUGAGUGAUGGGGUACACCAUAACCAGCUGUGCUUGCGAUCAGGUGAUGAUGUAAUGCUGGGAGAUGAUGCAGAAACUGCUGGUCUCAGGCCAUCUUCAAAGUUUGUGCAAAGGACAGUGAAUUUCUCAAUGGUGGUGGUUAACAUAGCAGAGGUUUAUAAAGCUUUAAAAGCUAGUGAUUCCAAGCCAUUAGAGGCUUCUAGAGAGCUCUUCCAUUCCCCUGCUUUGAGAUUUUGCAAUGAGAAUCCUAUCUUGAUCCUGACACAUGGUGACUUGUUGACAACCGAAGAGCGGAUCGACAUCAGGAUCAGAUUAUGCGAGCGUCUAGGAAUAUCAGAGACAAACGGGGUGUAUGACAUUGUUUGCCUCACAGAAUAUGGAUUCCUCGCAGAAGAAUCUGAUCCUGUUACAGCCUAUGCCGUAACUGAAGCUGUAUAUAGGGCAUUGCUCAUCUCAGACAGAGGGCAUUUUCCGAAGAAAAACCUCCAGGACUGGGCAGUGUUUCUAUUUUCAUGGUUAAUGUGCCUAACGGGUGCUCUCUUCGCUUUCCUUGCUGAUCUUUGCUCUAAACUUGGACGGAGGGAUAAGUUGAAGCACUGAAUGGAAGAAGCGUCUGAUAAUUUGCUCCGCAUAUCUAGUAUUGUUCAUGUUUUAUUUGCACUAAAGACUCUCUCCAUUAGACUUUAGAUGGUCUGACUUAUUGAUUUGAUGUAAAUAAUGCCAACGCUGGAACAGUUGAAUUAAUAAUGCCCCAAGGCUGGAGUAGUGAAAUCCAUUGAUUUCAUUUUGCAGCCAUUAUCUAGUG